AUGGCUGAAUCUAUGGCUUGCAAGAAGGUGCUGUCUUGGAUCAAGGAUCGUGGAAUUCCUUCUGUGGACCUCUACACCGACUGUUCCAAUUUCAGAGCAUUGUUGGUUGGUGAUAGUCUAAGAUUUCUUACUACCCUUCUUCUCACUUUCAAAUCUGAUGAGAACAUCCAUUCCUCAAUGGAAGAAGCCAAUGCUGUACAGGAUAGAGAUCACAAAUUUUUGAGAAGAGCAGUUGAAGAAGCUUAUAAAGCCGUAGAAUGUGGUCACGGAGGCCCAUUUGGUGCUGUUGUUGUUUGCAACGAUGAAGUUGUUGUUAGCUGCCACAACAUGGUAUUUAACAACACUGACCCUACUGCUCAUGCAGAGGUCACAGCUAUAAGAGAGGCAUGUAAAAAGCUCAACCGCGUUAACCUAUCAGACUGCGAAAUAUAUGCGUCUUGUGAGCCAUGUCCAAUGUGCUUUUCUGCUAUCCAGUUCUCGCAAAUGAAGAGGCUCGUUUACGGAGCCAAAGCAGAAGCUGCCAUUGCCAUUGGAUUUGGAUCUGAUAGAAUUAUUGCAGAUGCUCUAAGAGGUACUACUUUCUAUCAGAAGGCUAACUUGGAGAUAAAGAGAGCUGAUGGUAAUGAGGCCAUUAUUGCUGAACAGGUGUUUGAGAAUACAAAAGAUAAGUUUCCUAUUCAUUCAAAGUGAAUGAACAUUGGAAUUUGUUUGUGGAAAUGUAAU